GAAAUAUGUGCCGUUCAUGUCGGUAUGAAAAAUGUUUACGUGAAGGAAUGCUUACAUCUUCUGUUCAAAAUCAGUACGAACAAAUAAAUGAUAAUCAAAGGAAUUCUUUGCCUCUUCUCCCAUCUGAGAGUGGAAUUGGGAAUAAAAGAUUUGUUUCUGGUAUUGAACAACAAAAAUAUAAAGACAAUUUUAUUAACCACCAAUCUCCUCAAUAUACUCAUCUCCAUAGAAUGAUGGAAGGAUAUCAACAAUUUAAAUCAUUACGUAAAGCUGGUCAAGCAAUGAUUGGAGUUUUUUCUUUAUCUGCACUUUCUGGGGGUGAAUUACCGAGAAGUCAUAUUGAUACUUAUAUGAAGAUAUGUAAAAUAAAUAUAUCUAUUAUGCAAGAUAUUCUUGAACGUUUUUUCUAUCCAUUUAAUGAAGUUCCAGCAGCUGAUAAAUUAAAAUUAACUCAUUAUUAUGGACAAAUGUUUUGUAAUGCUGAACGGGCUUUUCAAACAUAUUUAAGGUUUGGGCCAGGUGAAGAUCUGCUUAUUAUGCCUGAUGGGGGUUAUGUCAGCUUAAGUGAAUUUCAUCUUUUUUUCAAAGAUAGUAAACAAGUAACCAGUGAACCUGAGCAAAUUGCAAGAGUAUUCCAUAAUGCAAUUCAAUAUUUAAUUGCCAAUGUUGUCCCACAUAUGCGUAAUCUUGCAAUGCAAGAGGAAGAAAUGGUUGCGUUAAUGGGAAUGUUUCUUUGGAAUGAUUCAAUCGACAUUUCGGAGCAAAGUUUAAGUAAAGCAAUGCAAGUUCGAAACGAGAUAAUUGUUGAUUUACAUAAAUAUUAUCGUGAAAUUGGUUUAAAUGAAGAGGGGAUAUCUGUUAGAAUAGCAAAUUUAUUUUUAUUGGUUCCUAAAAUUGAGAAUGUUGUUAAAAUGAUGCAAGAAAAUGCUUCGAUAACAAAGUUAUUUGAUAUGAUGAAUAUUAGUGAACCUAUCUGUAUGGGACAUGUUUAA